AUGGAGGCACGUCUAGAAGAAAAAGAGCCAACCUCAAUGGACAGAGAACCUGAGGUGGCCCGACAACGAGAAGUCCCCAAUGAAGAUGCCUUCUGUGUUUUUUUAAUAAAUUGCAGAUUAGUGGUGUCGCAGAAUGGCCGAGCACUUCAUAUUGUGUUCCCUCACCAGUUCCUGGACUCCCCAGAGUGGUUUGGAGUCUCAACGGAUGAGUACUUUCAGGUGUCAAUCACUGCCAUGGAAGAAUCUCGAGUACUAAUUUGGCAUCGUGACAAGCUAAAACUUACCAUCAUCACCGAUCAGUUUCUUCAGGCUGUGUUCGAUCAUAUCUUGGGGAGAGAUGUGGUAAAAAAGCUUAUGCAGGUGAGUGAAACAAUGGCUGCAAGCAACAAUGGUCACCUGCCCAAUAAUUUCGAUGAUGGGGAGGACAAGCCCAUGUUGAUUGUCAAAAAGACGGGGGAUGGCCCUGGGAUAACAGCUUUAAUUAACCGGCAACUUCAAGCUAUGCCUAGGAUUAGGUACUAUUAUUGUGCAGCUGAUCCGAAUGCCUGGCGUCUGGGACGAAUAGAAGAAGGUGAUCAUGAAACACCAGUAUGAAAGGAGAAUUCUGAUGCUGUACCACUGACCAGUGAGUGGUUUUGAGUAUGAAAGUAUGUGUGUCAGAACGAAGGCAGUCUAUGUAAGAACUGAAUUUAAAUAUAAUACUCAAGAUGGCUAUCCACCAUGUUAAUCUUUCUGUAUAACACACUGAGUUAUACAUCUGUGUUGUCCAAUUCUUAGACAAGAACCUGCAUCCUUUAUAGUAUUUACACAAUUUGUGGUAUUCCUUGUAUUAAUUGUGUUAAUGGAAGUCUGAAG